GAUCGGAUCCUCGCCAUGGCGUCCAGUGGUUUGGUGCAGGCGGCGGUGCUGCUUCUGGCGGUGCAGCUCGUCUGUCUCGGUGCAGCUGAUGCGGAUCAGGACACUGGGACUGUCAUCCCUGCUGAAAGUCGCCCCUGUGUGGACUGUCAUGCCUUUGAGUUUAUGCAGAGGGCGCUGCAAGACCUAAAGAAGACUGCAUUCAACCUGGAUGCCAGGACGGAGACGCUGGUGCUGAGGGCGGAGAGGAGGGCUCUGUGCGACUGUAUGCCCACCAACUCACUGCGCUGAACCCGACUUACGCCAGAGGACGCUUCCACCUGCCAUCACACCACUGACAACAACCCUGCUCCUAACCUCUACUCAUGUACAGAGAUUCUCAUGUUAACUUAUUUACACAAUAGGCACUUUAUUUUCUUUUCUCUCAUGUUACCGUUGAGUGAAGCUAUGAGUUGAAGUCAUGCAUCAGAAGGCAUGUUCUUGUUUUGCCUUAUUUCGGGGCGACUUUUCUACCACUGAUGUUUGACAUUGUGAAUCACGCGCCUGUGGACUUAGUUUGAUUGUUGCCAUCGACAGCUCUCAUCUGUCUCCUACGAAGCGUAAAUGAUUUUUUUGUACUUUUUAGUAUUUGACUGUAUAAUGUAGAUACAGUAGAAUGCAUCUGUAAAUUUACUUGUUGAAUGUGUUGUAUGAGAUUAAUGUUUACACACAUCAAACUGUAGCAUCACAUGGAGUUUAUUUAACUGCUCAAAGUAAUAUUUCAGUUUUAAUUCGUUAUUUAAACUCUUACUAGGAAUCUGACUGUAAUUUCACUAAUUAAAAUGAACGGAUUUGCAGACUGCAGAGGAAUUAGGGUAACUUCCAAAUGAAAGUUACUUUUCUCUGGAUGAAGGAAAUGUGAGGUUUGACCAUAUUUUGUAGGUUUUGAUUUAGCACAGCACUGUAGCAUGAAUUUACAGCACUUUCUGUUACCUAUUGUUAAUAUAGAUUGUAUGUAUAGAUUAUGUAUAUGUACAUGGAUACAUGUAAUGGAGGUGUCUACAGACUUUGUCUUCUCUGUCUGACAAAGGUGUAUGCAAGCAUAGUGAUGAACUACACGGUAUCAGAUGUACUGCAUCAUCAGCAGGGGAAGGGAGGGAAUGUGGAGGAAGACACAAUAAUCGUCUUAUUGUUGCUUGUUCAUGAGCAGCCAACUUUGUUAACAUUAUGUCACAAGAAGACCCAUUUAUUGUCUUAAUGUUGUACCUAUAAAUAAAAACAAUGACCUUUA